GGAACUCAGGUGGUACGCGGGUGACACACGUCCAGCGUGGUUCCUAAGCGACACCAAAGUCAUUGUGGUAGUUUUUAAACACAGUCGCGACACUUCUGUGGGAGUUCAGAAGGCAUUUUUAACAAGUUGACAGCUCGGAGUACAGGACGCUAGAGGAUUUUCUUUUUUUGCGAGUGAGCGCUGUCAUGUGUGAUCACCACGCAUGUUUGGUUUCUUGAGCCAGAAGCUGAUGCUUUUCUCCAGCCUCCGUGUCGGAUAUCUAUGGAGGAAAAGUCCUGCAUGUUGUCACGCGGCUCCUGGAGUAACUCGCGUCCGAGAAAGCACCGCGAUCCCUGAGACUCUCGACCUGGACCUCAGAAUCCGACACACUUAACCUCAUUUGAAUGCCUUUGCAAGGGGUUUGCUGGUUUCUGUGCUGCAGGCAGGGCUUCAGUUUGCUCGGACGGGACUAUGGGGAGAAAGAGGAGGAAGAGUCUUUUGAGUUGCGCAAUAAGGAGGACUUGACUCCAAAUGGAAGGAGUCCAGCUGAGGUGACGGUGUGUCAACCAACUCGUACAGCCAAUGGAACUAAUGGGCACAGUGUCCCAGACGUCUCAGAGGAGAUGAAGAGCCUCAUCAUAGAGAAAGAUAAGAUGGGCCUGGAGGAAGAGCCGGAGACGGUGGUCAAAGGAUGGCUGUUGCGGGAGGUACGUGGGACCUGGAUCAAGCAUCGGCGCUUCUGGUUCGUGCUGAGUCAAGAUUCUUUGGACUACUACACCGGACCAGAGAAAGGCGCCCGCAGACUGGGAACACUGGUGCUCACCAGCCUCUGUUCCGUCAUAUGGCCCGACAAGCAGACCUUCAAGGAAACGGGUUACUGGAGCGUCACCGUGUAUGGACGGAAGCACUGCUAUAGGUUAUUCACCAAACACUUCAACGAGGCGGUCCACUGGGCAUGUGCCGUCCAGAAGAUCAUCGAUACUAAGGCGCCGGUGGAAACGCCGACACAGCUCCUGAUCCAAGAUAUUGAGGAGAACAAGUUCAACCCUGAAGUCGUGGAGCACAUCUACCAGCACAACCCCAUCCUCAAGUACACCCAGGGCCCCCUCUACGCCCCUCUGCUGCCGUUCCCUUAUGGCAGCCUGGAGCACACGUACCACAGUGGGAAAGGCUACGGCUCGGUGCGUGAGGAGGCCGUGAAGCUCUUCAACUGCCUGCAGCAGCUCGAGUCGGCGCGGGAUCCGGUUCCCAUCAUCCAGGGAGUGCUGCAGACCUGCCUCGACCUGCGGCCCCUGCGCGACGAGGUCUACUGCCAGCUGGUGAAGCAGACCAGUUACACGCCUGCCCCGUAUACGGCCGCGCACCUGCGCUACUGGCAGCUACUGACCUGCAUGAGCUGCACCUUUCUGCCCGGGACCACCGUCCUCAAGUACCUGCGCUUCCACCUCAAGAGGAUCCAGAGCCAGAGUCCAGAAUCGGAGAUGGACAACUAUGCGUCAUUCAUCAGCGAGGCUCUGGAGAAGACCAAGUGUCGGGAGUGUGUGCCAUCCUGGGAAGAGAUCCAGAUGCUGAUGAGCCGACAGGAGAUGUUAUGCACGGUGCACUAUCCGGGGCCCGGAUCCUGCCAGCUCUACAUCAGCUCACACACCACAGCCAAUGAGGUGGUGAGAAGGAUGCAGGAGCAGCUCGGCCUGAAGGAGAGCAAGAACACUUUUGCACUGUACGAGCAGAACGCUCUGUGGGAGCACCUGGUGACCGGAGGAGCUCUGAUCGCAGACGUCCUGACCAGCUUCUCCUCCAAAGAGUCCGAGUGCAGUUCUCCGUGGAAGCUGUGCUUUAAGCUCUACUGCCUGCUGGACACUGACAGCAUCUCUGUGGACAGCCCCGAGUAUUUGCUCCUCUUUGAGAAGUGCCAUGAGAUGAUGGUCCGCGGGCAGCUGCCUGCCUGUGAAGAAGACCUCCAAGCUCUAGCAGCUCUGAGGCUCCAGAGUGUGAUGGGGGACUUCAGCACACACGCGCCCUGCCCUCCCCUGGACGAACUCUUCCCUAGUGACAUGCUGGAAACUCGGGUCCUCAUGUCCCUCUCUGCCCCUCAAGCCCUGCCCCCGUGCCAAGUGGCUGCCCAGGGCUGCCCCGAGGCCCAGUCGCGGUUCCCCUCCGGCAUCCUCUCCGGGGCGCUGUGGAGCCACACAGCCACGGCCGCUCACAAGCAGAAGGUGGAGCUGGACAUGCGUCUGCGGAGUCGGUUGAAAGAAGAAGCCACUGCUGUGAUGGGCUCCAUCUUGGAGCGAUGGAAAGGUCUGGCCGGCUACAACCGCAGGGACAGCAUGGCCGCCUACCUUGCCAUCGCUCGCCAGUGGUCGGGAUUUGGCUGCACCCUGUAUGAGGUGGACUUCUACAUCAGUUCUUCAGGGAGCUUUUCCCAGAAGCUGUGGCUGGGGGUCGCCGCUUCCUCGGUCUCUCUGUAUCGGCAGGGGGAGGCCGAGGCCCUGGAGUCCCUCCCCUUCGGCCAGAUCCGCUCCUACGGUGUGUCUGACAGCAACACCUUCAAGAUCUCAGCUGGAGAUCGGGACCUGCUGUUCGAAACCACCAAGCUGACUGAGAUCAUGCAGCUGAUGAAUGCCUACUUCAGUGCCACCAGUCAUCCGCGAGGGAAGGGAGGCGACGUGGGCAUCACGCUCACCGACAGCACCGAGCUGGCCCUCCGUCACCUCACGUCUCCCAACGCCCUCCUGGAGCUGCCCUCGGAGACGGUGUGACGGCUCCUGAACGCCCCCAAACUUCCCACAGUCCUGCUCCGCGUGGCCUGGGUGAGGCCCCCCGGACCCCGCUCCUCCUCUGCUGGGAACGCCGCUGCAGCCAAAACAAAGAGACGGCUGUUUUGGAUCCACGAAAAUAAACCCGAACUGAGAGCUUUACAGCCCAGGGCCUGGCCUGCGGAGGGCGCGGGCGGCGGGGGUCACAAGGCAAGGGGCUCUGUUUGGCAAGCGAGACCAGAAUCCCACAGAAACCAAUGUGGCUGCUGAUGAGGUGUCACACAUACACACACACACACACACACACUCGUCCUGUCACGCAACCUCGGCUCCUCUUGACAACAGUGCGAGUCCUGCUACAUCCCCAGCUUGGAUUUCGGGGUGGGCGGGGCUAUAAGCUGUGGCACUACCAUCACGAAGGUAUAAAGUCUUUUGAAGCGUGUGAUAUUUGUGUUCCUAGAAAGCACUCAUCCGUCACGCGCUGCUGGAAUAGUGUGGAGGUUGUUAAGCAACACACACACACACACACACACACACACACACACACACAGGUUCUGGUGCAGCCUUAAGUGGACUCCAUCAGUGGCAGUUUUCAUAAGACCCGGACCGGCCUACCAAUACCUGGAACUGUUGAUGCAGCCAUGCGUGUGAACUUGGAACUGGAAACAGAUGUUUCGCUCGCACACUCCAGCGCGUCUUGAUGGAGAACAGUUUCGGGAGAGAAGAAACAAACUCCCUGGUGAUUGUGUUGCUGCAGAGAAG